AUGAACCCAACCGCGGGUCGCGACUGCGCGCAGGAGAGUACUGCAGAGAGCGCACGGCUCGAUCCGCCCCGUGCGCAGGGGCCUGCUGCUCCUCGUCCUCUUGCUGCAGCGCGCCCCUCCGCGUCUGAGCCUGUCCCCUGCCUGGAGCGCGGGCUGUCUCUUCCUCUGCGACAUGUUCGGCAGCCUCAUACGCCGGAGUCUUCGUGGGUCCCCGCUCAGAUUGCCUCAAACCGGUCUGCUGCUCAGCCGCGUCAGGAGCGCGGGCGUUCGCCGCCCCGGCAGCAGCCGCGGCAGCAAUCUCCUCGCCGCCGGUCCCCAGAGCGUUGCGAAGAUCAGCGGGACGGCGUUGACGAUCAGCUGUCCCCUGCCGGCCAUCGCUCUCCUCGCCGCCCAUCUCCUCGUGGUCGGGCAGGCCAGCGCUCACCCCGAGCGCGAUCCCCCGAGCCACGCUCUCCGCGGGGACCUCCGGCGACGCGGGGGAGGGGGUCGCCUGGGCGUCGCUGGGAAUCGGGUCGCCGCGAGCAGACCCCCCCGCGUCCGCGCUCGGCAGGUUCCGCGGGCCGGCGGGGCCGGCGCAAUGGCGGAGGGCGUGGCGGUAGUGGUCGCCAGCAGGAUCCUGCCCUCGAUCGCGCCGCGAACACGUUUGUGGAGGUGGUGCGGCAGGCCCAGGCAAGCGGGGGGCCGACUCACGUCCACGUUGAGGUGACCAACGGUCCCCCCAUCGCAGCGGACCCUGGCCAGGUUGCUCCCCUGCGUGCGCCGACCCUGCGUGAUUAUCUGCCAGCGCGUGAGCAGAGGGCUCAGUUCCGCACCCCUCGUCAGCUCCCCAGCUUCUCCGUGCCGCGCUUCUCUGUUGGCCGGACUCCUGGCUGGCCGACGGUGUUUCCGAGCGAAGCACCGACUGCACCUCCCCCCAUUCCCGCGGGGAGAGACCCCAUGCUGACCAUGUGUCGUCUUCUGAAUUUGGUGGAGGCGUGCGAGGUGGUGGCGAAUCUGCAGCUGGCGGUGUGUGGGGCCACGCGGAGCUUUCCGAGCAGUUACGGUCCAGGAUCCCGAGGAUCCUGCGUGUCUUUGGCAGAAUCGCUCGAGUCGUCAUUGGCACCCGUGUCGGAAGCGCCCGCCGGGGUAGCGCCCUUAGCCCGUACUUUCCCCCGCCACAUGGGGGAUCUUGUAGGGGUUGCUCGAGGCGGGACUCCGGUGGACACGCUUCAGUCGUCGGCGCACCUCCUGCUGUCAAUGUCGGCGUGCAUGCGCUCCAUGCUUGAGCUGCAGACGGGCACGAGCGAGGCGGACAAGGUGGCGGCACUGGAGCGCCUCAACAACGCGCUGAGGGAGGAGCUCAAGGAGGCGUUUGAUGAGAACGAGGCUCUGCGCGGCAAGGAGGAGGUGCUGCAGCGGGAGAAGGAGGAGCUCCGGGCGAAACUCGUUGGCAUGGAGGAGCAUGUGAAGAAGGUGGCGGCAGUGGCAGAGCAGUACCGCCUGGAGGUGAACAACACGCGGCAGCUGCAGCGCAGCGUCAACGACCGCAAGCACGAGUUUGACGAUGCGCGGGUGCGGUGCGGAGUGGCGGAGGCAAAGGUGGGCAAGCUGCUGCAGCAGCUGGCGGCCACCCAGCAAGCAGAGUCGGUUCUCAAGGUGCAGGCCGCGGAGCACCACGCUCAGAGCGCCGCCCUCAUUCGGGACCUGCAGGCAUGCAAGGCCGAGCUUGCGAGGAGCGUGGCUGAGAGUGGGAGGAGCGCAGCUGAAGCAGCACAGCUGCGGGCUGAUUUGGAAGUUCUGCGGAAGCAGGUGGAGGAGUUGGUGGAGGAGAGGGCGAAGGCUGAGGGACAGGCGGCAGAGGCAGCAGCUGCUGGGACGGAGAAGGAGAGGGCGUGGGAAGAACAGAGGAAGGCACUGGAAGAGGCUAUAGAGGAGAUGAGGAGCGCGCAGACGGAGGCGGAAGCUGCUGGGAGGGAGAAGGUGCGGGAGCUUGAAGAGAAGAAGAGAUCGUUGGAGGAGUCGUUAGAGGGGAUGAGGCGAAAGCUGGCUGAGGUGGAGGACGCUGGGAAGGAGAAGGAGGGCGCGUUGGAAGAGAAGAUGAGAGAAUUGGAGGAGGAGCUUGAGGAGAUGAAGAGCAAGAAGCAGGAGAUGGAGGAGGCCGCGAGGGGGAAUGUGAGGGAGCUCGAAGAGCAGAAGAGGGUGUUGGAGGAGGAGGUUGAGGGUAUGAAGGGCAAGCAGGUGGAGCUAGAGGAGAAGGUGCAGGCGUUGGAGGUGGAGAGGGAGCUGCUGUGGGCUGCAGCAGAGGGAGGCACCGGGAACAGGGAGGCAGACGGUCAUGCUGACGGCACUGACGGUGCUGAUGGUGCUGAUGGCUCAGAUGCCUCAAAGAAGCGGUCGGAGUUGGAUGAGAGGAUAGCGAGGCUGGAGGAGGAGCUGAGGACGGAGAGGGAGUGGGUGAUAGACCUGGCGGAGAAGGUGGGCGACAGGGACGGGCUGCUGGAGGCUGCUUGCGAGAGGCAGAGGCGGGCAGAGGAGGCGGCGGAGAGGGCGCGGAGGGAGGCGGAGGAGUUCGCUGCUGGGGGGCGCAAGCUGCAGGAGGUGAACCUGAAGCUGGAGGAGCAUCUGUGCUCGGCGCUGCAGGGUCUGCGGGAGGCGAAGGAACGGGUGGAGCGACUGGAGCAGGAGAGGGUGGGUCUGCUGGAGGAGGCUAUAAUGCUGGAGAAGGAAACGGAAGAGGAGCAGCAGGGGGAGGAAGAGGAGAAGGAGGAGGGGCAGCAGGAGCAGCAGGAACAGCAGGAAAGGCAUUCGGGAGGAGGUAGCGGAAGCAAGAGGAGGUGGCAAGAGACCGUGAAGGAUGAUGAUGAGGCAGUGGAGGCACGUGGGGAGGAGGAGAAGGAGGGCGUUCUUAGCCCCAUGACUCUGUGCCUCACAGAGCUUCGUGAUGUGACUAACAGGGCAAGCACUUCGCAAGGAGCAGAUAAAGGCAGCAGCGUAGCAGAUGCAGCAGGGAAGACUGCUGAUGCAUGCGCAGGAGCCGCUGGUUCUGGCCCCAGCCCAAUUCGCCUCGGCACGGCAGCAGACAUGCCCGCGCUACCUGCCUCCGCUUCUGCCAACGCGUUUCUCGCAAACAGGUGGACUCUUCCCUUUGCUGGAGACAACGUUUCUGCCAGCGCUGACAUGGACAGCGACCUGCUCAGAUAUGCAGUCACUGGGGCAGCGGGAGUGCAUGCAGGGGGUGAAGGUACCACGCAGGGUGCGCUGGGACGACGGCUAGAGAAGAAGAAGCGGAGGAGGAGUGCGCCAGUAAGCCAAGCAGAGGCGCAGGCGGAGAAGCUGAGGCUGAUGGAGGUGCAGGUGCGGCACAUGGUGAAACAGCUCGCUGCUGCGCACGCCCAGGUGAAGAGCCUGUCCGGGAGGAUGCAGAAGGCGGGUCCGCUUAUGGUGAGGAUGCGGGAGGUGGUGCAGCAGCUGCGGGCUAAAGGGCAGGCGCUGGAGCUGGCGCUGCUGCAUACGCUGGAAAGGGAGGCGGAGAGGGAGCAGGCGGAGGAGGAUGAGAAGGAGGAGGUUGGGCUGAUGUAUCUGCGGCUGGAGGCGCAGAGGGAUGAGUUAUUGGAGGAGCUGAUGGUGGUGGGGCCGAGGAACGUGGUGCUUUGUGAGGAGUUGAGUGCGGUGAAGGCGAGGCUGGAAGCGGCUAGGGAGGAGAUGGGUGAGAUGGAAGAGGAACGGGCGAGGCUGCGGAGCAAGUUGGCUAGGCUGAGUCGUAGGCUGGAGCAGCUGGUAACGGGGAGAACGGCAGCGGGUGGACCCCUUGAGAGUCAAUUUAGGGUAGAACAUGCAGCUGACGUGGAGGUAGCUGCUGACGUGGAUGAUGCGGAUGAGGAGCUCAUGGCUGACGUGGACGAAGCACUGGCCGUUGUGCGGGAGCAUGUGGGGGAGGUGGAGAGCAGGAACAGACAGCUAGCGGAGCAGGUGAGGGCGCUGGAGCAGCAGUGCGAGAGGCUGCAGGCUAAGGCUGAGGGGGUGGGCAGCAGCAAGACGAGGGCGGUGAGGGCUGUGGGGAAGAGCGAAAACGAGGAGCUGCAGGGCGGUGGGUUGGGCGUGAAAGCUGAAAGUGGGCCACAGCAGGUGGAUGGAGAGCAGGAGCGUGAGAAGAAUGCUGAUGGGCACAAGGGGGAAGAGCAGCAGGGGCAGGAGCAGCAGCGGCUUGUUGGGCAGGUGCAGGAGCUGUUGGCGCGUCUGGCUGCUGCAGAGGAGCAGACCAAGGGCACCAUGGGCCGCGCUGCUGUGGCGGAGCAACGGUGCAGCGAGAUGCAUGCUCGCGUUGCUGCAGUGGUGGCCCGGGAGAGAGCACUGCAGAAGCUGCUCGUGAGCCCGCUGUUGAGCGAUGCCGGGGCUGGGGAUGGAGGGGUUGGAGGGUCUGGUGUUGGGAACAGAGGGAGGAUGGGAGCAGGAGGUGGGGACGAAAUUGUGGAGGGAUGGAAGGCAAGGUGGCGGCAGCUGGAGCAGGAACAGGGAGAGCUGGACUUGCACUUGAAGCAGAAUGGGGUAGAGGAUCAGGAAGGCAAGGAAGAACAGGGGCAUGCAGAGCAGGGAUGUGGGCAGGGAGGGGCGGAAUGCGGUGCAGAGGCUGGUACAAUGGGUGCGGAUGUGGGGCCGGAGCAGAGGCGCAUGCAGGUGGAGGAGGUGCGGGGGGUGUUGGCUCAGGUGGUGCUGGUGGAGAGUCUACUGACCCUCGUGCUGUGCCGGGCUGGGCUCAACGGCCUCUCCUCCCGCAUGGAACCCAAGCUGCGAGCAGGAGAGAUGGUGGGGACAGAAGGGAUGGUGGGGGCAGGAGGGGUAGAAGGGGAAUGUGGUUCGCUCGGCGAGGGAGGCUCAGGUGCUGGUGCAGGCGAGGGAGAGGGCGAGCCAGCGGGGGUAGAUGGACGGGGGAAGGCGGGAGUGAGCGGGUCAGUGGAGGAGGAGCGGACAGGACAAGAAAAGCAAGGAGUGGGAACAGAGCAAGUGGAGGGGGUACUGAAUGCGCUGCAGAAGCAGAGGGUGCUGCUGCUGGGGUUCUUGGGCGUGAAGGCAGAGGGAAGCAGCAAGCUAGAGGAGAGAGAGUCGAAGAAUCUGGUGAGCGAGGAGGCAGAACGAGCUAUAGCGAGUCCCAGUGAGGGGCUAACCCUCCCCGCUCCAGCCGUGGUAUCCAGGCAAGUCAGAAUGGCACAGCAGCUGGUGCGAGCAGGAUUCGAUGCCCUCAUGGCAAACGACGACACCUGCUGGCUGCGAGGGUCCGUGCUGAGAGGCGUGUACGCGCUGAGGAAGCUGGUGGAGGAGGUGGAGGGCAAGGUGGGCGCGUGGGAGGCGCAGUGGGGCGAGCUAGAGCGGGCCUUCCAGCAGCAGAACCGGGAGUUUCUGGAGGUGGGGCGGGCGCUGCAGCGGGUGCAGGGGGAGAAGCGGGCAGUGGAGGGGGCAGUGAGGGAGAGGGCGGAGGAGGAGGUGGGGCGACAGCAGGUGGUUGAGAGGACGGUGCGAGUGGCGGCUGAGGCAGUGGAGGUUGAGAAGGAGAUUGAGGAGAAGCGGCAGCAGGUGGCAGUGGCUGCAGUGGGCGAUGCUGCAGCGUGCUCUGGGCAAGGAAGAGAGCUGAGCAGACGUUUGGAGAAGGAGGUGGAAUGGCUGCAGCAGGUGAAGGAUGCGAAGGAGAAGGAGGUGGUGUUGCUGAUGAAGCGCGUGACAGCGAUGGAGGUGCAGGGCCGGGAGCAGUGGGAGCAGGCAGUGCGGCGGCAGGAGGCUGCUGCGAAGCAGGUGGAGGGGCUGUUGCAGCAGCUGAGGGAGGCGCAGCAGCAGCUGGGUGGGAAGAGCGCCGAGGUGGAGAGGCUGGUGUGGCGGGUGGAGCAACUGGAAGAGGAGGUCAAGGCCAAGGAUGCACAAAUCACCUCUUUGCACAUGCAGCUCGCAGCAGCACCAAAGGCAGUGGCUCUCGACUCCCCUCUCAGACCCCGUCAGCCAGCAGCAGGUACAGCAGACAGAGGCGAAUCUGCCCCUGCAAGCGAGCCCAGGCAGCAGCGGCCCUCGGAUUCAGCUCAGGGGUCACGGCGGGUGCGGCAGCGGCUGGGGAGCGUGCUAACCGCCAUCCACGGCAUGGGGGCCAUCCGGGACGGCACUCGCAGUCCGUUUGGGUUCAGGGGUGUGGGGGCCAGCAAUGAGGGUGCAGCCGCAGCAGCUACUGCUGCAGGUGGUGCUGGUAUCAGUGCUGCUCUGUGUGCCUCCACGUCAGCUGGGUGCAGUGGGCGCGGUGCUGCUGCUUCUGUGAGCUGUGGGACUGGAGGAGGGGAGGGCGAGGAGUUUUACACGCCCAUGACCAAUCUGCCCUUCAGCCCAGAGAGUGGGGGAUACAGUGGAGGUGGGGUGGAGGCCAGUGGUGAAGGCCAGGAUGGUGGUGGUGGUGGGAGUGUGAAGGGGAGCAGAGGGAAGGGGUCUGGAUGGACUGUGGGGCAUGGCGGGGUUGGUGGUGGGAGCACGAAGAAGCGUGGCUGGGGGAGUGGCGUGGGCAAGUGCGCUGGGAGUGAUGAGAAUGCGCCUUUGAUUCCUGGCGGCCCACAAUCAGGUGACGGGGUGAUGGCAUCUGCACCCCUGCACACUCCACCUGUGGCUGCGAGUGCAAGCAAGGUGACUGUCAGAACCGCCUUUGAAGCGCCGGCACCAUUCCGUCAGCUCUCCGGAAAAUGGCAGCAAGACAGGCCACUUUCCGCAACUCGUAGCAGCAGCAGCCGUAACAACAGCAAACGCUGGUCAGAGCCGCGGGUGCCUGUGAUGUGUGCGAAGUGGCUGUUGAAAUCCGAGCCGGAGACGUGGUCAUGGGACGAGCAGGUGGCGAAGGGAGUAGAGCCGUGGGACGGCGUGCGAAACCACCAGGCGGCGAACAACAUGAAAGCCAUGAAGACAGGCGACCUCGCCUUCUUUUACCACUCAGGCAAGGAGCGUCGAGUCAUGGGGAUUGUCCGAAUCUGCAAGGAGUAUUACCCCGAUCCCAGCGACAAAACCGAGAAAUUCGGCAUGGUGGAUGUGGAGACCGUUGAGGCGUUUCCGAGCCCGGUCACGCUGCGUGCUAUUAAGGAGGACUCGCGAUUGAGUCACAUCGCGCUGGUCCGCCAAUCACGGCUGUCGGUGAUGCCUGUUGAUGAAGCGGCUUGGGAUAUUAUCAAGGAUCUUGGGUUUAGAGCGCCGGAAUUUGGUGAAAUGGGAGAUGCGGAUGAGAAGGAAGGCGAGGAAGACGGGGGAGACAAUAGAGGAAACGGAGGAAAGGGACCACAUUCAGAUGGUCGGUGCGUGCACUUGUCAUCCAUCUCCCCGACCGAGGCGCACUCGGUGUAUCGGUCUGGAUGCAUUGCCUUGUGGCCGAGCGACGUCUACCUCGUUGCCAUGGCAGCCCCUGGAGACCUGGACGCUGACGAUGCAGAUGAUGGAGACCCUUCCAGUAGCAACAGGCCUAGGACUAGCCUCGAUUUCUUGAAAGGCAAUGCUUCUGAACCAGGACCCAGCACUUUCGCCGAACCCUAUGUUGACAGUGAGGGGUGGCAUCAUCCAGUGCGCACAGCAGUGCGGCAAUCACCACCGCGCCAGGAGGAGGUAGAGGACGAGGAAGCUGAAUGGCAACGUCCCACGCGCAUUGAGGGGGACCCCGUCGCGCGCGACAACGUGGAAACGACGGAGGUCGUUACCGAAGCACCGGAGUCUUCUAACUCGGUGGCGCUGAAACGACGGCGCUACACGCAGACCACCAUUGGGUUUGCGAGCGGCACGCCUCUCGUGAGGCCUCCACCACCGCCACCUCCCAAGGUCACUCCAGCGCCGUCACCUCUUAAGCUGACUGCAGCUGAACGCGCGGAGGCGAAGUUCCUGGAAGCUCAGCGAAACUACAUCACGAAAUGGCUCCCGCAGUUUGAUUGGCUGUUGCUCGACAAGGGUGAGGAUGGUCUGCCAUGCUUGCGUUGCAGUGUGUGCAGUGAACAUGGCCCAGACAACGCUCGUUACGGGAGGAAUGGAUGUGGCGGACGCGACUUGCAGCCAGCGUCGAUGCGGGUGCACCAGGCCAGCACUCGACACGAGGAGUGCAUCGAGCGGCAGCAGGGGCUUCUGGACAAGUUGGCUGCGCAGAAGAAGAUCGACGACUACGAGAGAGCAGACCCUGAAGGCGCGCGCGUCAUCAGGCUCAUGCGGAGCAUUCAAUUUGUGUGCGACGAGGACGCACCGAUCUCAAUGUACCCAAGGCUCGUGGAGUUUCUGACCAGAGAGGGUGUUUCGGACAUUCCUCUACAGACCUACGGUGUUUAUAUCACGGAGUGA